AUGGUAUCAGUGGUUCAGUCUGCGGUGAAGCAGGAGAAGCAGGUGAGCAGCAAGAGCACUCCGACAGACCUGGUGACGGAGGCAGACCAUCAGGUGGAGGAGCUCAUCAUCUCCACGCUCAGGGAGCAAUACCCCUCACACAGGGUCAUCGGCAGCUCGACGCUAGCACUCUGUCACAUCACCAGCGGCGCGGCCGAGGCCUAUUAUCAGUACGGUCUGCACUGCUGGGACAUCGCAGCGGCCGCCGUCAUCAUCAGAGAGGCCGGCGGAUACGUCAUCGACACCACAGGAGGCGCGCUCGACCUCAUGUCCAGACGUGUUGUGGCCGCUGGCACGCGUGAGAUCGCAGACUAUGUGCUCAAGCAGCUGCAGCCGAUAAACUACAGCCGCGAUGACCUGCCGUGA